AUUUUAGAUUGUAUGUAGCAUAAUUUAAUCAGUGCAGUGCGAAGCGCGCUCGUAUACGGUCGUGUUUACAAAACUCGCGAAUCGCGCGGCACUAGCCGCUGCCUGCCUUACUAUGAAUACCCAACCACUCAUAGCCAAUGAGUUGCUGGCAUUUAUUCAACAUGCCAUCGACACGAUGGAUGAAGUUAGCAUCUUGCAAAUCUGCAAAUCUAACUUCAAGGAGGAAGACAUAAGUAGCGGCAAAAGGUUGCUAUUCCAAUGUCUUGGAAAGCUGGACGAGAUGCCAGCUCGCCGAAGGGACGGAACGGAGAAAAGUGUGCAGGAUAUAAUCACCUUGCUGAAGGUGACAGAUCCCGACGACGUGCCUGCAUUCGUGGCAAAGGACUUGCACAAGCUGCCCCCUGUCACCUUUGAUCACGUCGACGUUACCAGGCUGCUCAAGGACAUCAUAUCCUUGAAGACAAGCCUGGCUGAGGUACAGUCGAAGCUGAUGUCAUCCGAAAAUACCAUCGGAGAACUCCGUGCGGAAUUAUUGGCAUUACGCAACACUGUCGUUGUAAGUGGGUCACCAACACUGUGCACCGACGACGCAAACACAUGCCGCGGUGCAGCGAAUGCAUCGGUCAGCAGUUUGGAGUCGGCGAAGGCGCAGGCAUCGCCACGUGCGGGCGCUGCAGUGAGUCACUCCGACGAACGGCUAGCGCCUCCGGCGCAGGCUACGACACGUGUAAGUACGUCGACCCCCAAACGUGCUUACGCUGACAUCGCUGCAAAGGGGGGUAAGCAGGUUCAACAGGGCGAAAAGCCUCGCGUGGAUCUGCAUCAGGAGGUUCCUAAAAAGAACCAGAAUGACAAGGAAGGCUUUACCCUUGUCGAAAGAAAGAAGAAGAGGAAGCCUACUUGCCGCAAUCAGUGCGGUACCGCAUUGACAGGACAUAACCAUCUGCUGCGUCCUGCUGUACCAGCGACACUGCUCUACGUGUCCCGUCUGCAUGACUCCACAAAGGUGGAGGAGAUUGUGGAGUUCAUUAAGAUCAAGGCAAAGCUUCAUCUGAAGGUCGAGCAGCUGCACUCUCAACACAGAGUGGACUUCAAGUCCUUUGUAGUCAGGGUGCCGACAGAACAUCUGUCGAUCUUCAUGAAAGAGGAGUUUUGGCCGCGAGGUGUAGUCUACCGACGUUUCCGAGGUCGGCUACCGGACACAGUGCGACAUACGACACCGUCUCUUCGUGUGACCUAAUUAUUAAUUAUUAAGCACAACUAAGUGUAAUAUUGUUUGUAAUGUAUGUAUAGUAUUUAUAAAUUUUAAUGUAUUAGUUUAUAGUAUUUUAUAUGGGCCUAUGAAGCCUGAAAUAAAUGAAUAAAUAAAAAAAAAAAAAUAAUUUAUAUUGAUUCUAUUGAA